AACGUGCUACUUUUCGUCGGUCCGCGUGCGUCCAUACCCUUAUUAGGCAUAGUAACUAACAAUAUCAACAGCAGUAGCAACAAAGUGUGAGUUACGAACAGGGCGGGUGGCAGCAUAAUAACAUAACACCCCACUCUUGACGCCCAGUCCUCUUGUCCGUCAUGAUUCUUGCAUCACGAGAGAAAAAGAAUCAGAAAGUAUGUGCGUGUCAGCUUGGGAAAUGUUCAGAAAAGAAGUGUUAUCUGUCGAGUUAGGCGGAGACGUAUCCCAAGGAUUACGAUACUAAUAGUUUUCUUUCGUAUUCAUUUUGAGUGAUAAAAGCUGCCUGCCUUUAGCUGUGAAAGAAAGUUAAAAUGUUGAGUAAAGAGUGAAAUAAUUUCCAGUUUUGCAUCGAGAACGCAAGCAAGAAAAGGAAGCAUUGAAAAGGAAAAAAAAAAUUGAAAAAGCCAGAGAAGUUUAGUUCGUGUGUUUCUGGCCUGAAAAAAAUCUAUAGAAGUAGCGUAAGUUGGUGCAGUGAAGAAGCUCUGGGUCACCGCUUUAACAUGAAGAUGUAAAAAAUUGGCAGCAAUAUUGUAAAAAUGUCAAUAGCGUAGUUUUCCUGUUCCUAAUUGCUAAGAGAUGAUUUGGAAGGAAAUCGAGUGAGCGUAUACCCAUUGGAAGUAACCAGGGAAGAGUAGGCGAACGUCUGACACGCGACACAAUCUGUGUGGGCAGAAGUCCUGCAGUGGCCGGAUAGCGAUGUUGGAAAGUUUUCAGGAAAUAAUGGAAAGUCUAUCGAAGUUUUUUUUCUCUAUAACGUGUAUGUGUUGCUGGUAGUCAAUGAAUAUUGUACUUAUGAGCGAAUAAGUAUAUCGAUAACCUAUCGCAGAAAUUAACAAGCGCAAAUUCCGCAGCAAAUCCUACUUUGCCAGCGACAAUACCGAUAGCGAAAAAAGAGCUUUGAGAGCGAGUGCCAAGGUUCUAAAUACCAUUGACGGAAGUUGUAAGGACAGCUGAAUACUCUGACAACGAGCGAAGGAGCUACGUGAUCAUCUGGUGAGAAAUCUCAUGAAUUAGAAGCAAAUCAUGGAUUUUCGGAUUGCGCUACUGCUUUUUAUUGUGUCAGCGGCGGCAGUCGAAGUUCAUUUUGAGACACCAGACAGCGGCUUUUUUCUCAAACAUUCUCCACGGCAGAGUUCUGUAUCAACGUCAUCAAGCAAAGGACGCCUGAGUGCGGAUUCAGUUUUGUCGAUAGACAGAUUUACUGUUGUGCAAACGAGUCAACCGGUCUCGAUUCGCGCAAGCUAUGGUCCGUUCUCCACAAAACAGACAGUCCCUGCUAGGUAUAUUGUACCAGAUGCUAUGGAGUCUUCCAGCGACUCAUCACAAAAUACGACUGCAGCAUUAAUGGAUUUACAACAAACAAAUCUUCACCUGGACAUUUCUGCGCAUCUUGUCAAAAACAAUAUUCCUCGCGAUGCACCGGUAUUACGAGUAUUAUUCCAUGCCGGAGCAGAUCCUGGUGGACAUUUACAACGACAAAAAAUAUGCGUUCUACUGCAUGCGUCAAUAAGCAAUAAAACCCCAUUAAAGGGCCGUUGUAUGCCGGAAGGGGAAGACGGAGUUUGUGUCGCGGAAGUAGUCAUCCCUUCAAAUUGGUGGCCUUCACUACCACCUCCAGAAAGGGAUGGUCGUACGUUCGUUGCUCAGAAAACUCCCCAACGAUUGGUGCAAGUAUCAUACAGCGUAUUCGAGCCUCCAAUUAGAAGCCCAGAACUCUGUGAACCUAAAGUACAAAUUCAGCCAUUAACACCAUUUGCGAAAGUUCCCCUGGUACAAUCUCAAAUGGCUUACAAAGAUUUACGAGCCGAUGAGACUCUCACCAUGAUGGUUCCUCAACAACCGUUAUAUCCAUUGUCCAAAAUUCAUGUGCCAGUAUUUUUACAUCCAGAAGCAGGACAAAAUAUUGCAGUAUUCAUCGUGAGAGCUCGUGUUAAGGCAGGAAUGCGUAUUCUUGGUGCUAGUGCAUCAUCUGAUGAUUGGAAUGUUUCUGUAGAAAAAGAAAACACGAAGCACACCGUUGCAAGAGUAACCGCUUUCCGCAAGGAUCAAGAUCCUGAUUCACCUGCCGUCACUACUGAUGAUAUAAGUUCCACUAAAGUUCUGGAAGUAUUCUCUUGGCUUUUAGAAGUCGCCAAUGAUACCAAAGAUCAUUGGGAUGGAGGACGUAUUGUAUGGUCUGUAAGUUACGUGCACGAUGGGCCAAAAAUCAAAGAACUUUCUGCGGAAACAUCCAUAGCACCACAUGAGGAAGGCAAAAAGAAAAUUGUGGCUAAAUUGGAAAUUCAAAAAGAUGAUAUACAAGCUGUGCUACCAAUUGCUAAGAACUGGGAACUGAUGAAUACUGCAGUUUUAACUGGCCGACAAGUAUCUCAAGCAAUGAAAGUAUUCAUUGUUUCACAAGGAGGAAAAGUUGCUGAUGUAACGCUACAAAGCUCCUGCCAAGCAGAGGAUGAGAGUGUUGUUAAAGUCUCAUCAUCCUGCAGUUCAGUUUACGUAGAUGGUUCAGAAGCCAGAGGUUCAUCCAAUGCCACUGUACUAGUCAAAUAUGGAACUUAUUCCGGUUUAGCAAAAUUCACAGUAUGGAUGCCGGAGUUUCCUUUGGAAGUGUCCGUAGCAGAUUUUCGUCUGUCACAAAUCAAAGGAUGGAAAAUCCCUGAAGAUCAUAUUGGAAGCGUAAACGGAAAAAUGCGAAGACGGAAACGGGCCUAUGGAUGGAACCACCAUGCAGAUGAUUUCAUCAAUGGUGUACCCUCGGAAAGAAAUAUCUGUCGCGCCCGUUACCAGCAAAGCCCCGUGGAAGUUUAUGCCCGAUUUUUAGCAAUGGAUCAGGAUUCCGGUCGGGUGAGUUACCUGAUCUCAAGGCGUACCGGAUUAAGGGUAACAGAUUUAGUGCAACCUUUGCUGCGAGUAGCCGAUCCUAAAAUUGCAACAUUGAGAGGAAGAACGUUGCAAGGACGUGCAAUGGGAAGAACCGAUGUACAGGUCCUUUCUCCGAUAACCGGACGAGUCAUUGGCGCACGCGAAGUGCGCGUUGGAAGCGACAAAGUUAGUAUCAAUAGACUAUUGGUACGAGUAGUUUCAGGAUUACAAUUGUCCAUAACCAGCGACAGUGCCAUUGAAAAUGGUUAUAUUGCGGAAACUUCGGUCACUAGAAAACUAACCGCUCAGUAUCAGGAAGGAUUAUUAGAUAUUGAUUUGGAAUUUUCCGACGGGUCUAAAACACCUCUCAGAGACAUUUCGGUGGAUGACUAUUUUCUAUUGGUAGAAAGUUUAGACACGGAAGUUGUUGCGUUUGCUCCGAUGCUAGCAUCUCAUCACCCAAGGGUUAUUGCCGUCGGAGAAGGUAACGGCGAUUUGCUAAGAGUUACCUUACUGUUAUCCGAAGAGUGCCGACUUAGAAGAAACAUUCCAGUGUCAAAACAGAGUAUAAAAUCGUCGGUGGGUCCACUGGUUAGUGCCCUAGCUUCGGUUCAGGUGGACUUCAGUAUGUCAGAUAUAGGUACUAGGCCAGAUACAGUUCAAAAUGAUGGUAUAGCCGGUCGAGAUAGGAAACCGGGACGCGAAUUAAGUGAUUUGGCUGAUAUCUUGAUAGGUAUACCCUUAAAGGAUGACAAUAGCCAACAGCCAUCCGCUUUGCAACCAUCUCGCCAACAUCGUGGGGGAAUACCGGGAUAUACCAAUAACAAGAGUGUGGUUUAUACUGAUGCCACUUCAUUGGAGAUUGGAAUGUACGUCUUGUUGGGUGCUUUCUGUCUAGCAAUAGGUGUUUUCGUCAUCUCUUGUAUUGUUUAUGCAUCCAAAUUUCGACCGGUAACGAUCGAUGUAACUGGGGAAGCUAGCGUGCGUGAUGGAAUGGGAAAUGCAUCUAUUUUGGGUGUUAAAGGAACCGAAUCGACGACGAAUGCCCACGAUUGGGUUUGGCUGGGUCGCGCUACGAUGGAUAGGUCAUCUAAUGGACAAGAACUGAGUGGAAAUCCUAGAGAUUCACGAAUGCAUAUUAUUAAUAAUCCAAUGAAUCUAAAAUAUGGCGACGCAGAAGAGAGCAUCGUACAAGUAAAUAGUUUUGAUAAUCCGAACCACCUACAUCAACCAUCCAGCACCAGAGACAGUUCAAUCAACUCAUGUACUUACAACAAACGAGAACGAGGGAGUCGGAUAAACGAUGAGGACGAGAGAGCACCACCACUACCUCCACAUGGAAUUCCAGUAAUAAAAGGAAUAGAAUAUCGUCCUCCAGUUCCUCCUCACAGAAGCCUAGGCGUGAUUAGUAACAGGCAUCAUCAACCUGUCAUACAAAUGAGAAAUCCAAGACAACGUUUUAACUCUCGAUACAACCGUGGCGGUGCAAGCAGUUGUUCAACAACGAAUCCAGCAUUUGAAAUCCAACUUCAUGGCAAUCCAGCGCAACGAAAUCUAACCUUUACUCAGCAACAAAUUAAUGCGGCGCUGUUUAAUAACAACAUUCCCCAGUAUUCAGUACAGCCCAUUGUUCGACAAUCAGUAAAGUCGCCACAUUCGUUCGAAAACAUGGGAUUUUCUAUUUUGCCGCAAUCGCAACACUUUUCAAACGCUAGAAAUCCAGAAGAGCUUCAUAUGGCAGAGCGUUUAGUGCAGCAAUGUUCUCAGAAAUCGGUUUUCAAAUUUGACACUAUCAAUAACUCAGUAAAUAGCAAAAAUAAUGAAACAGUGGUCUCUGUUUGUAAUAGUGUCCCCUUGGAGGUUAGUAGUAAUAAUGAAGACUCACCAGUCAUGGUGCAAACAACUGCCGAAAUUAGUGCUCUUCCUACGUCGACCAACUUGCGACGCUCUCGAGAAGAAAGCAGUACCAGUGAAAUAAAAACAUUAGCGUCCAGUUCAGAUGGUAAUGGAGGUUUUGUAACACCUCCUAAUGAAGAAACACAUAUUCAAGUGCUUCAUCAGCAGAACAGUCAAUCCAAAAUACCAAAGUCACCACAUUUACUAAAGAAUGGCAAACCGACGGUAGUGGGAAAUCCCAUGUUUGCUAAUACACCUGAUAGCGAGUUAGGACCUGGCGAAAGUCUUGGACUCGAUGACUUAGAUAUGGACUAUGAACAAAUAAUGCACUAUUUCGACAAUUUAAAGGAAUCGAACGCCUGAGUGCAGGAGAUCAUUGCAAAGAUUCGCGAAAUACUGUCCACAUUUCAACAACAGUACCGAAAUGUGGCCGUUUCGCCCGUCAGCAGCCCAAUGUGCGUGCCCGGUAUCAACGACCCCAACUUCGAACACUUUUUCGAACAUUUAAGUGAAUCUUAUGCCUAAAAUAAAUGCGCUCUGUUGCAAUUUAGUUUUCAUCUGCGAAUAUCAACCAAUUUUAGAAAAGUAUUACUCAGCAACACAUAUAAUAAUAAAUCUUAAUCCGUUCCACUUCUGAGGAAGUUAUCAAUUAAAUGUAAAAUAAUAUUUUAAAAAAAUCUUUCGAAGUGACAACACUUCUGUAUUAUGAUUGAUCUCAUUUUUCCUAUUUAUUACUACGCAGUUACAAAAAUCGUUGAAAUGUGUUUGGAACUAACAAGGCGUCUUUGCAGUGAUCGCAAAUAUUCAAAUUUGAACAACAUCAUGAACAUCGGAGUUAGGUUAACAGAAGAAAUACAUAAUACAAUAUCAGUACUUCCACAGUAAAUCAAUGUGUACAGCACCCACAACUAUCAUGAUCUAAAAAGAUACAAGCGAAAGCAAAUGAAUAUAUUCGUAUGAUUGUGUUAUGUGACGUUAUAACUGUAAGCAAAUUAACUACGAUGAUCAAAUACAGAUAAACGAAAAAGUACAUAAAUUCCUCUGGCUUGAUCGUACCGCGAAUAAUAAAAAACACAAAAAAGCUUUUUGCGUCCAGUUCCCAAAAUUUGCCUGCUCAAAAUUGAAAAAAAAAACAACAAACUUAGGCAGUCGAGCUAAUAGAAUAAAACUCUUAUUAACUCAAACGUUACUUACAUACACGCAUCAACACUCACAAACUGCGCAUUUGAUACAUGCUUAAAGUGUUUCAAAUAUUGAUGUUCAAAGUUACAUAAGAAUAUCAGCAACUGUAAGAAACACACAUUAGCGUCAUUUAAGGCGAUUCGUUGUCGAGCUGAAAACAAAUCAUACUGUAUUAUAGUUUAUUUAUAAACAAAUCAGUAAAUCAAAUUACCAAUCUAGUCAUUUGUUUAAAUAAAAUUAAGAAGAAAAAACAAAUAUAUGAUAUUAUUGACAAAAGUAUAUAUUAUUAUAAGUGGUUACAUAGGUUAAGUUGAAAGCAAUGUAUAAAACG